CUCCUUGCCCUCAGCUGUCACCACCCAGGCCCCAGACACCAUGCAGGCCAUCAAGUGUGUGGUGGUGGGAGAUGGAGCAGUGGGCAAGACCUGCCUACUUAUCAGCUACACCACCAACGCCUUCCCGGGAGAGUACAUCCCCACCGUGUUUGACAACUACUCAGCCAAUGUGAUGGUGGACAGCAAGCCGGUGAACCUGGGCCUGUGGGACACGGCGGGGCAAGAGGACUACGACCGCCUUCGGCCGCUCUCCUACCCCCAGACGGAUGUGUUCCUCAUCUGCUUCUCCCUGGUCAGCCCCGCCUCGUAUGAAAACGUCCGAGCCAAGUGGUUCCCUGAGGUGCGGCACCACUGCCCCAGCACCCCCAUCAUCCUGGUGGGCACCAAGCUGGACCUGCGGGACGACAAGGACACCAUCGAGAAGCUGAAGGAGAAGAAGCUGGCGCCCAUCACCUACCCGCAGGGCCUGGCCCUGGCCAAGGAGAUUGACUCCGUGAAAUACCUGGAGUGCUCCGCUCUCACUCAGCGGGGCCUGAAAACUGUCUUUGACGAGGCGAUCCGGGCCGUCCUGUGCCCCCAGCCCACUCGGACACAGAAGCGGGGCUGCAGCAUCCUCUAGGGGUUGCACCCCAUCCUCCCAGCCGAUGGCUCUGACCCUUCAGGGCCCUCCCCAAGGCCCGAUGGCAGCCCGGCUUGGCCUCACUGGCUACAGAGCUUGUCGAUGUUUUCUCUGUGCUGGAGACUGGUGUGAAUUUGCAGGCCCUGCGCCCCAACCCCUCCUGCGCCUACCUUCCCAAGGGAAAGAAGAGGACCCCCAGGACCCGAUACGCCACCCCCCUGCCACUGCAGUCAGUGCUUGCCGCCUCGUGUGCGUGUACUCUAGUCCUGCACGGUGCCUGAGCCCUCUCUGGGAACUGGGGGCCAGGUGGUUGCCGGCCGCCACUUGCAUACCUCCCGGGACAGGGCUUUCACUCCUCCUGGGGCAGUCUGCUGCGACCCUGCUGGUGCUGCUGUCUGAAAGAUGUGCCUUCUCCUGAGCUAAAGUUGAGUGUCUCUGAGGUUUCCUCUUCCGGGCUCAGUUUUCAGGAGGCACCAAGAGACGAGUCACAGUCUCUCAGUUUCUAUGGCUACCUGCCCGGCCACUGGGGAGACCGUGUCCAGCUGACCCCUGUGGUCGCUCACCUGUUUCUGCUCUGCUCCCCGGGCCCCAAGCUGCAUUUGUCUGCAGGAAUCUUUGGACCGUCAUCCCUGUCAGUCAGGACUUCUGCCAUUGCAAGUAAGAAACCCCAAAUGUAACCCGCUUCUGGAGGAAAUAAAUGUGUUGAUUCAAGUUUGAAAAUUCAA